UUGUGCACAGACCGAAUCACGACAUUAUGGAUCAUUGUUGAACAAUCAACUAAAUGAAACUCGUCACUAUACAUCAGAUUCCUUGACUAUGAGAAGGUGUUUGACAACGUGGAAAGGAUGAUAUUAUGGAAAAUCGUCAACAUCAUUAGGAAUUCAUACGACGGACUACACUGCAAAGUGGUGCGUGAGAGAUAGCUGACAGACGCAUUCCGAGUAAGGACCGGAGUCAGACAAGACCGCUCACUCUUCCUCUUUGUUGUGGUGGUUGAUUUAAUUAUGAACACUUUGACAUCUGUGGGGAAGAACGGAAUACAAUGGACAACUUGGAUAGAAGUAGACAAUUCGGACUUGUCGAAUGACUCAACCCUUCCAUCCCAUACAUACGAGCAAGUGCAGGUCAAGAUAACCAUUAUGGGAGAGGCCGCUCCAUCAGUAAGCCUAAACACACACAAGGGAAAAAGCAAGAUCCUUAAAUACAACAUGGAGAACAACAACCCAAUCACACUUGAUGAAGAAGUUCUGGAAGAGGUAGAAACCCUUACAUAUCUAGACAGCAUCACCGAUGGACAAGGAGGAUCUGAUUCAGACCUAAAAUCAAGGAUUGGCAACACAGCUGUCAGCCAACAUCAAAAUCAGAAUCUUCAAUGCGGACAUGAAGACAGUUCUACUGUACUGGGCUGAAUCUUGGAGAACUAUCACCACCAUCAUAAAAAAAUCGCGAGUAUUUAUAAAUAAUUGUCUACACGGGAUACUGAAUGACCGUUUGCCGGAUACCAUCAGCAACAGUCUA